AUGAUACGAUUUGUAGACCUGGCUGUGUAUUUCACCUGGGAGGAAUGGCAGAAUAUGAAUAAUGCUCAGAAAAUCCUGUACAGGGAUGUGAUGCUGGAGACCUACAGUAUCUCUUUCUCCUUGGGAUACUGCAUGACCAAACCUGAUUUGAUUUCCAAGUUGGAGCAAGAAGUAGUGCCAUGGAUGGUGGAAGAAUGCCUAAAUCAGAGCCUUCCAGUUGCCAUGAAAAAGGAUGACAUGAUUAAGACCAACCAGGAAACUCAAAUAGUAAAACCUUUCCCUAAAAAUUCUAACCUCAGCAUAGAUCAACAAACCCACAUAACAGAGAAAUUUUAUGAAUAUAUUAGUUAUGUGGAAGCUCUCAUUUACCAAUCACAACUUGCAAUAAAUCAGAGACCACACAUAGAGAAAAAAGCCUAUGCAUAUAAAUCUUUUGGAAAAUCAUCCAGUUGUAAAUCCUUCCAUACCAUCCAUCACAGUACUCACAUACAGGAAAACCCCCAUGUGUGUAAUGAAUGUGGAGAAACCACUCACCAGAUGUCAGAUCUCAUUAGACAUCAGAAAAUUCACACACAGAAGAAGCCUCAUGUAUGUAAUGAUUGUGGUAAAGCCUUUUUUCUGAAAUCACACCUCAUACCACACCAGAGAAUUCACACAGAAGAGAAAUCUCAUAAAUGUGUUGACUGUGGAAAAAAGUCAGACCUCACCAAACAUCAGAGAAUUCACACAGUGGAAAAACAAUAUGAAUGCAAUGACUGUGGAAACGCCUUCAACUGGAAGUUAAACCUUAAGUCAGGCCCCAUCAUACAUCAGAGAAUUCACACAGAAGAGAAACCUUAUGUAUGUAAUAACUGUAGAAAAGCCUUUAGCUUUAAGUCAGACCUCAUGAAACAUCAGAAAAUUCACAAAGUGGGGGGGACCUUAUGA